GGGGAGUGAACCGGAAGUGCAACGCUCCGGCUUCUCCUCGCCCAGGCGGAACCCGCUCUCCCGGCCCGCUCAAGAACUUUUCUCCUCGCUGCCGCCCCGACGGCGCUCGCGGCGGCCCUGAGCUUCGCCCCGCGGCCUCCUCCGCCCGCCCCGCCCCGCCCCGCCGCGGCGUCGUCAUCGUCGUCGUCGUCGUCGUCGUCGUCCCCGUCCCCGGCCCGGUUCGGCGCGGCCCGGUCUCCCUCGCGGCCCCGCGCUGUCCGCCCGCCCCGCUGCAGAGAUGUGCGACAAGGAGUUCAUGUGGGCCCUGAAGAAUGGGGACCUGGACGAGGUGAAGGACUACGUGGCCAAGGGAGAAGACGUCAACCGGACACUAGAAGGGGGAAGGAAGCCUCUUCAUUAUGCAGCAGAUUGUGGGCAGCUGGAAAUCCUGGAAUUUCUGCUGCUGAAAGGAGCAGAUAUUAAUGCUCCAGAUAAACAUCAUAUCACUCCUCUUCUGUCUGCCGUGUAUGAAGGCCAUGUUUCCUGCGUGAAAUUGCUUCUGUCAAAGGGUGCUGAUAAGACUGUGAAAGGUCCAGAUGGACUAACUGCCUUCGAAGCCACUGACAACCAGGCAAUCAAAGCUCUUCUUCAGUGAUGGACAGAUGGGCUGACAGCUCUCGAAGAAUGACUCUCCUGUGGCCUCACACUGCUGCCUGUCUGUCUGUCACUCUAUCUGCCAGCUUCUUCAGCUCAGUUCUUCUAGAGGGGUGAGGGGAGAGAGAAAUUCAUUACCAAUCAGACUUCCAGAAAACAAAUGUGGGGGAGGGGAGAAACCCUGAGCAGGCUCUGACGAGGAUUCCUGAUCAAGUCAGCCUCUUUGCCCUGCCUCGUCAGAGACGCAGCCGGUGCCCCAGGGAGAGCCAUAGCAAAACACCAGUUAUCAUUUGACCUUUUUUAGCUCCCCAGCUAACUUAACGAGGUUGUGUCAAGGGUCCGCUGACACAAAGGCCAACUCUACCUAUUCGGUAGCCGUAGCUGCCAGCAGGGGUGGCUGCCGCCAUGUAAACUUAGGGUGCUGAGAUAAGCAAUUAGCUCUAGCCUUCUGCCUUAAGAUGCACUCUAUUGGGGACCCCCUGGCAUCUCGGGGCGCUGCCUGUGGUUGGUGACCAAAUCUUCCCCCAGUGACGUUCAGCUUUAUGUGGAAGCUCAGUUUCAGCGAGCAGGGCACAGCCCGAAAUCGCUGGGUGACUGAACUUGGGAUUUCCUCUCCUCUUUCACAUGAGUUUCAUCAGUCUUUACCUAGAACUGACUUAUUUAUAAAAAUCUUAACUUUUGGAAGUCGAAAGGAAAAAAUCAUUCCAGUAUGUUGUCUUUUUUUUUUUUUCCCUCCUCUAGAUUUAAGAUAUAUCUAUAACAUUGAAACACAUUCAGACUCCUUCUGGUAGUAAAGGAGAUUUAAAAAAAAAAAAAUAGAAUCAUAGCCAUAAGCCUGUUUGUAUCAUAAAUGGAGUAAACAGCUGUCUCAGUAACCAAUGGGUUUUCUUGAUUUGCGGUUUGAAUGGACUGGUUUCAGUUAUGUUUGGAGAAUUAAGGAAUGUUCUUUGGAAUGCCUUUCUCAGACCCCUCUUGGAUGCUGAUGAUUUAAUUGCACCAAAGCUGCCAUUGGGGUGAGAGUUACUGUUUGAACAAAUUUAACCCCAUCCCUUCAGAAAUCUGCAUAUUACCAAUUUCCUCUUGAGUGUGGCUGGGCUUCUGCUGAACACUUGCCGUCCCAACCCAUGUACUCUUUCUAAUCAUGCAUCCUUCAAGCAGAGUCUGUUCUGAGAGACAGUGCCCCCGAGUCAUGUUCUGUGGCCUGCAGAGAUAUUUAGGUAUUUAGAUACAUUUUCACAUUUAUUUCAUCAAGCAGUACGACCUAAGGCAUAGAACCUUAAUUUUCUGACAUUAAAAAUAUUUUAAUUUCUUUGACUUGCCAUCCGUAUGAUUACUAAAAAUAUUAGGGUUUUUCCUUACCAAAUCAUGCAAUAAUUGAAUGUACCUCAAAUUUUUAAAAAGUGGGGGUGGGAGUGGGUUUGGGACUUGUAUUCUGAUUGUGGAUAGUCAAUAUUUUUUAAAGGCAAUGUAGCAUUCUACAGCAGGGUUAACCAGUACCAAGAACAAUCAGGCUGGUUAAUAAAUUUUACUGACCAGUUGCUGAUUGGUGAUUGGUGUGUGUGUGUGUGUGUGUGGGUGGGUGCAUGCAUGCGUGAGUGAGUGUGAUUUGCCCCAUGAACCCUUUUUUAAUCCUGUGACUUUUCACUUAUAAAUAAUUUAGCCUUGUAAUUGUCCCGAGACAAGAAAACAAUCACAGAAUGGUGAUUUAAGUACUUGGAUGUGUUUGGCUUGCGCUGCUGUCUUGGUGCAGCCUCUGAGAGUUGGAUUAAAGUCAAUACUCCAUGCUUGACAGCGUCACUGAGCUGAAAUGUGAAGUGCUCCUCGUUGGAGGUGGGGGCACUCUGUCGGUCUCACAGUGUACUGAUGAGGUGUGGGCUAUCUCUACCUUCACCUCUUGACACAUGCUCUUCGGAAAUGUGGAUUUCCCCCUCGACACGGUUCUUUUUACCUUUCCUUUCAGACUGGUUUGUCGUAGUUGGCAGAGAGUGCACUGUCCUAUCCUACCUGAACCUGGUCUGCUUUCUCUGGUCACUGACCAGGAAACCACGUGAUUCUUUGUAUAUUUCUCCUGAUGUCCUUUGUAUAGCAGUAGAGGCUACUUCGCCUUCCCCGAUCUUUCUUAGCCAUUUUGUAAACCCCACAAUUAAAGAGCAAUUGCUUAAGAGGAUAACGUAUAAACAUAGAGUAGGCUGACCAAGUUGGUUUACAGUUUUCUUCUUACAGUUUUUUUUUAACUCAGUUAUUUAUAAUGUAUUUCUGAACCACUUGGCAGAGAAAUUCACAACACUUAAUGUUCAUGUUUUGAGUAAAGGAAACUAAAAUCAUGUCUGCUUUUUUGGUACCAUGUGCAUUAAUGAAAGAUUAAGUAAUUCUGUUCUCCACUAUUUAACAUCUCAGAAAA